AUGCCUUCGUCGCGCUUGUCGGGAUACGAGGAUUGGAAUGAUUGGGUGGACGAAAUUGACAACGGCGACAUUAUCAACUACAUCACCCACGAGCUGCGAAGUCGUGAGAUCUAUCUCUCGGAAUCAGACAUCAGGCAAGGAUUGGAAGAAUUAAAUAGCUUGUCUCUCUCAAGAGCAUCGCACCAUUUCGGUGAUGCUCGCGAAGAUCAACUGAUGAACAUAAUGAAGAGGGCGUUAGCAAAGGAUCUGGAUUCGAACGGAAGCCAAGGCCUGUAUCGCAGCCGAUCGAGAUUUCUGACAUUCUGCUUUGUAGCACGUCGCUUGGGCUCAAAGGAGCUCGCUGGGGUCCUGUUGCGAUUCUUUGUCAGGGCAGAGAGUAAUAUCCUCGACGGAGAAAAGUCGUUCCUAUUAACCGAGUGGUGUCUCGCACUUCAACAACUAGAGAGCCUUGUUUCUGAUGACAGACUGAACGAUGCGUUCGGGCGAAUUGCAAAGCUUGGUCCUCCACUGUUCGAAGAAUGGCGAAGGCCUGGCCCGCACCACUCAUGGAUCAUGGACAUGCUCAGGUUCUUCAACGAAAUGAACCGCCAUGACCAUGGCCGCGGCCGAGACCAACUUCAGGUGAUCGCUCCUCACGACUUACCUCCGCGAAGGUUGUCGGUACCCCCGUUACGGAGACCAUUCACGGUCGACAUACCGCCGUACCCACGCACGGUUUACAACACUCCGAUGAUCUCUCCAAGACACGGGGUGGCUGGGCUCCACCUGCAACAGCAAAUGCACGCAUUCGAGCUGAACAGACUGAGGCGCGAUAUGGACGAUAUACGAUAUCGUCAAUAA